CGUGGUUUAAAUAAUCCAUGCUGGGAUGCAUUUCAUCAUUCAAGUCAGGUGCUCAGACAACUAAGUGUUGGAACUUCAUACUGUAAACCAAUAACAUGGAUAUGGACAUUCAAAAUCAUCAAAUGGAACUUCAACCAACCGUUUCGCCAACAUCCGAGGAGUUUAUUUCACUUCACGGGUGGAUGCUCUCCCAUCUAAAUCUACAAAAGAUAAUUUCUUCGGAGUUCUCCGCUGAACAAAAUUGCAAAAAUGUUCUGGAUUACAUCGAUAAUUUCCCUUGGUCAUCGGAUAAGAAAGAAAUCACCGAGAACGCAAAUGUCCUACUGCCGGCAACGCCCUGUCUUUCACCACCGGAUUCUUCGUCGUCAACGUCAGAUCAAGAACCAGCGAAAGAAAGUGUUACGCCGAAUAACCAAAUGACGAAAAUGCCUGCCACAUUCGACAAACGACGGUUCAAGCUCUACAAGAACAGUGAGUUCAGUUGCCAGCCAUGUGGCAGAAACUUCGGAACUAAAGGCAGCUAUACCCAGCACUGUAAGGCACACCAUUCGGGACCAUUGGACCAUCGGUGCGGUAACUGCGGAAAGCGAUUUCCCACUGAGGCGAAGAUGAAGCUGCACGAGAGACUCCAUACCAUGAAGGAUAAACCGUUCAAAUGCGACAAGUGUUCAAAACAGUUCAUCUACAGUCACGACUUGAAGCGCCACGAAGUGAAACGCCACGGUCAAGGAAAUUGUUAUGUUUGCAAGGUCUGUGGACUGAAGCUUACCAGACCGGAUGCCUUGGCGCUGCAUGAGAUUAGCCACAAAAAGAAGACAGGAUAUAGAUAAGUUUUUUAUUGUUACCUAUU